UUUGGAAUUCCAGUGACGACAUCAGCGUGACGAAAUUUUCCCUCGGUCCUGUAUUUAUGUUAAGAGCAGAACGACGUGUGAUGAGAAGUCAGAUGUCUGUGUUGUGCAGGAGUUCAGCAGCUGAUGGUGUAGUGGAGUGUAUGUGAGAGACAGAGACAGAGACAGAGACAGAGAGAGACGCGACUUCAGAUCAAACUUUUUACACAAACUUUGUCAGUUGUUGGUGCAGUCCAUGAAGAUGCACAUCGCGGCGGAGUUUUGCGUGGUUUGCAUGAAGGUACUGUGGUCGUUCGCGGCGGCGGCCGUACGGUGGCUCGUAAAGCCGCGAGAGAAGCGCGUGCACGGCCGCGUGUGCGUGAUCACCGGGGCCGGAAGUGGACUGGGCCGCCUGUUCGCGCUGCACUUCGCCCGCAGAGGAGCCACGCUCGCGCUGUGGGACAUCAACCGCGCCGCCAACGAGGAGACCGCAGAGCUCGUGCGGGAAAUCUACCAAAAAUACACAGACACCAGCAGCACCGGUUCAGAGGACAGCAGUGAGAAGUUCCAGCCCGUGUUUCAGCCCCGAGUUCACACGUACGUGUGUGAUGUAAGUAAACGCGAGAGUGUGUAUGCCACAGCCGAGCAGGUGAGGAUCGAGGUGGGAGAUGUCACGUUCCUCGUCAACAACGCCGGGGUGGUGUCAGGACAUCACCUCCUGGAGUGUCCUGAUGAACUGAUCGAGAGGACCAUGAUGGUCAACUGCCAUGCUCACUUCUGGACCACAAAAGCUUUUCUCCCUAAGAUGCUGGAGUUAAACGAGGGACACAUUGUGACCGUCGCCAGCUCUCUGGGUCUCUUUACCACAGCCGGGGUCGAGGAUUACUGCGCUAGCAAAUUCGGGGCCAUCGGCUUCCACGAGUCCUUGAGCCACGAGUUAAAGGCGGCUAACAAAGACGGGAUCAAGAUGACACUUGUGUGUCCCUUCCUGGUUGAUACAGGGAUGUUUAAAGGCUGUCAGAUCAGGAAGGAGAUUGCACCAUUUUUCCCACCGCUGAACCCGGAGCACUGUGUGGAGCGAGCCAUGAGAGCCAUUCUGACAGAUCAGCCAAUGGUCUGCACGCCACGUGCCAUGUAUGCUGUCACCUUCAUGAAAACGAUUUUGCCAUUCGACGCCAUCGUGUGCAUGUACCGCUUCCUUGGCGCUGAUAAAUGCAUGUAUUCCUUCUUGGCUCAUCGGAAAGAAUCCACCAACAACAACGAGUCGAAAAUCAGCAUGUAGUCACUCCGGUGUCCUGUAUAUAUCUCUGCACUCUUAUUUGGAGCA